AUGUGUCUGAGACCGGCUCACAAGGCGCAGCAGUCCAUGUACAUGGCAUAUUCCAAGGGCGAGCGUGACAUAGAAAAAGAUGUGCUCAAGUCAGGCGAUGUGCUGUGCCAGAUUAUGAACAAGAUCUCCCCAAAAUCCAUUCGCUCCUACCACCACGAGCCCACCCUCGCCUUCAAGCAGAUGGAGAACAUUGGCUAUUUCCUGCAGGCUGCAAAGCAGUAUGGCCUCCCAGACUCUGAUCUCUUUAUCACAAUUGACUUGUUUGAGGGCCGCAACAUGAAGCAGGUGGUCAUUUGCCUUGCUGCGCUGAAGAAGCUUGCGGAGUCUCGCGGCUUCCGCCUUUAA